ACUUAGUGAAUGUAGUCAAGCGAGUAAGUACCAGCACUUUCUCUCAAAAUUAACAUCUCGCUAAGUUUUUGGAUAUUAGCUUCGGGAGAUAACGAUGUGCAGGGUCAUUGUAAAAAGGCAAAAUGCGGUUGCAUGAAAGACGCCUUCAUGUGCGGUAAAGAAGUAGGUAAGUUUAUUCAAGAAUAUUUGAUAAUAGUUCAAGGUUAACAUGACGGGGGAAAUGUAGACAUGUCCGAAUUGGUAAAAAAUGUAAAAGGACCGUCUGAAUGGUUCUGCAAAAACGGAAAAAAUUGUUGGUACAACGAAUACUCUACACUGGUCAGCGUCUUUCCUGACAAUAUUCAGCUUGCGUGUGAUGUAGGUGAAUGUGUAAACGAGCAAGAUUAUAUGGAUGUCGGACCCAUCGAUCAAGAAUUUUCGAGUUACACAGAGUUGAUGAUAAUUGGAGCUAUUUCGCUAGCCUGUAUAUUGCUAUUCACGAUUACAAAGAUUACUGCUUCACGACAAAAGAAAAUGUUUGGAACUCGUAUUGAAUUAUCAUUGGACGAUGAUGAUGAGGGUGAUGGUCCAAUUUCAACAGAAAUAGCCCUAACAUUUGCAGAUAUCAAUUACACGGUGUCAGGUAAACCAAUUCUAUCGGAUAUUAGUGGAUACGUCGAACCAGGGCAAAUGCUGGCCAUUAUGGGUCCUUCAGGUGCAGGAAAGUCGAGUUUACUCGAUAUUUUAUCAAAGAAACACAAACGAGGUGUCACAAGUGGAAGGAUUUUGAUUAAUGGCAUGUUGCCCACUCGACGUCAGUUCAAACGAUUAACCGGGUUUGUGGAUCAGGAUGAUAGUUUGAUGGGAACAUUGACCGUGCGAGAGACACUGACAUAUGCUGCUUUAAUGCGAUUACCACGUUGCAUGCCGCUAAAAUCCAUACAAAAACGAGUUGAAGACGUGAUUCAAGAGUUGGGUAUCAACAAAAUUGCAGAUAGUCAAAUCGGUAUGCCUGGACAGAGAGGUAUCAGUGGAGGUGAAAAGAGAAGAGUAAGUAUCGGUAAAGAACUUGUGACAAGUCCCAGUCUUUUGUUCUUGGAUGAGCCAACAAGUGGUCUUGACGCCUAUAAUGCUGGCGUUGUCAUGGCAUGCCUUAAAAAAUUGGCACAUGAAGGAAAGCGAACUGUUGUAGUCACUAUUCAUCAACCGAGAUCUAAUAUAUUCAAAAUGUUUGACUCCCUUAUGCUCUUGGCAGACGGGCAAUUAGUUUAUUUUGGCCCAGCUAAGACAUGUUCAAGUUAUUUUAAGGAUUUGGGCUUUCCUAUUCCUGCAGAUUACAAUGUAGCAGAUUAUUUGAUUGAUCUUACAAUGAAACGACCAGAAGAUGCAGUAACCAAACCUGGAACGCCUUUGCUUUCUGGUGAAAUAGAUGACGAUACGCAGCCUUUGGAAGAGAUACAUACUCCAUAUUCGUUUACAAACGAUAUACAACAAGAAGGGUCCGGCGAACUUAAUUUACUUUCUGAGUCUAACCAUUCAUAUUUUUUGCUUGAUUCGUUUUACUCUUCGGACCUGUUUCAAACAAUUCAGAACCGUGUUGGCCGUUCCGAAAAUGAAGAUGAAAUAAAUUAUUCUGUCUGGGUGGAUGCACCAGGCCAAGAAGAGUCAGCAUUUUCUAUUUAUCAAUUUUACCAUGAACUAUCAUUAUUAUCUUCCCGUACGUUUAUCAACCUGUAUCGGAAUCCAUUUUUAUUCUUUGCACAUUUUGGAUUUUCUGUUCUAUUAGCGGUGCUGCUCGGUAGUCUUUUUUGGCAGGUGGAUGUGGAUCUUUCCGGCGUACAGAAUCGAUUGGGUGUUUUGUUCUUUAUGUGUGCUCUCCUGGGUUUUGCAGCGACCAGUGCUUUAGACAUGUUUAAUAAGGAAAGGAUCUUGUUUAUGCGAGAGCGUGAAAACGGGUACUACACACCAGGCGCUUAUUUUGUAGCUAAAGUACUUUUUGAUGUGGUUCCUUUGCGUGUCCUCCCACCUUUGGUCAUGGGCUCAAUCAGCUAUUACAUGAUUGGACUAAACCCAAGCAUUCAUAUUUUUGGUAAAUUUCUGCUCGUAUUGGUAUUGUUUAAUCUAGCGGCUGCGGGGUUGUGUUUGUGUUUUGCUACUGCUUUCAAGAACUUAUCGGCAGCCAACCUUUUGGCAAAUCUAGUCAUUUUGUUCUCGAUGUUGUUUGGCGGUUUCUUAUUAAACAAAGAUCACAUUCCGCCCAUGCUGAGCUGGCUUCAGUAUCUCAGUUUCUUUAAUUAUGGGUAUGAAGCGCUCAUCGUAAACGAGCUUAAAGACAUUACUUUACGCGACAAAUCCAUAGCCGAUAUCCAAAUUCCUGGGCCUAUUAUUUUAGCCCGGUUUGGAUUCAACGGGCAAGCAUUCUGGUCAGAUGUAAUUCGGUUGAUUUGUUUUGUAUUGGUAACAUUAACAACUUCUUUCUUGUUCUUAAAAUAUCUUGUCAAAGAAAGAAGAUAAAUUUUUGAAUGUACAUAAUAAUUUAUAAUAAAGUUUUUGACCAGCUUAA